AUGAAAGAUUUUAAAAAUUCUUCAAAACCAGUCACUCCACCAGAUCUGAAUAACCCCCCAUCAAAUAUACCUUUAAGAUCAAUUUCAGAUAGGUACAAUGUCAUUGAAGAAAUUGGUACGGGUUCAUUCGGUUGUGUCACUCUGGCAAAAUCAAAAUUUGAUAUGAAUUCCUUGGAUCAAUUCAUGAAUUGUCAUAACUUAUUGAAUAAUUCAACAUUUAAAAAUAACUAUAUGACAAAAUCACAGAAUUUAGUCGCAAUAAAGACAAUGAUGACAAGAUUAUCAACUUUACAUGACUAUACAAGAGUUAGAGAAGUUAAAUUUAUUUUAUCUGUUUCAGCAAAUAAACAUUUAAUUCAAAUCUUUGAAAUGUUUAUUGAUAAUACGAAUUUUCAUCUACAUAUUAUAAUGGAAUGUAUGGAACAAAAUCUUUAUCAAAUGAUGAGACAUAGAAGAAGAAGAUUUUUUUCAAUUCCAUCAUUAAAAUCAAUCUUAGCACAAAUUUUAGCUGGUAUCAUCCACAUUCAUAAUGAAGGGUUCUUCCAUAGGGAUUUAAAACCGGAAAAUAUACUUGUAUCACCAAGCUCAAGAUAUUUUGAUAAAGACUGGCUUUCGAAAGGUUAUUAUCAUGAUAAUUACGUUGUUAAAUUGGCAGAUUUUGGACUGGCAAGAAAUAUAAAUAAUCCAAAUCCGUAUACUGAAUACGUAUCAACUCGUUGGUAUAGAUCUCCAGAAAUUUUAUUAAGAAACGGUUAUUAUUCGAAACCAUUGGAUAUUUGGGCAUUUGGUUGUGUUGCACUAGAGGUAACAAUAUUUAAACCUUUAUUCCCAGGCUCUAAUGAAAUUGAUCAAAUUUGGAAAAUUUUACAGGUACUGGGUACACCACAUAAAGUAAUUGAGAAUACAAAGACCCAUUAUUCACCGCAUGGUGGAUUUUGGGAACAAUCUAAAAAAUUGGCUAACAAUUUGAAUCUAAAAUUUCCUUACAUUGAAGGUGUCUCCAUAAAUUCAUUCAUAUCAAGUAACCAAUUGAAUGAUUUAAUUCAAGUCAUUGAAAAUUGUCUUAAAUGGGAUCCAGAAAAUAGAGCCACUGCAGUACAAUUAUCUAAGAUGGAUUUUUUCAAAGCUACUGUGGUACAGCAGGAACAAGAAGAAAAUUCACUAUCAAAUACCGAACAAGCAAUGCUUUUUGCAGGUAUUAAUACUGAUAGAAAUAAUAAUAAUAAUAAUAGUAAUAAUAACAUUAACAAUAAUAAUCAUACAAAGCCACACGAAAUACUGUUUAAUGAUAAGAAUAUCUUCAGAAACACUAGCGUUAACACAGAUUCAGAAAAAUUAACUCUUAAUGAAUUUCUUACCAUUGAAAAGGAUGAAGAUAUAGUGGAAGAGUUAGAAACUGAUUCUUCAUACAGUGAUGAUAUCGAAAAGAGUCUAUCAUUUUAUCAAUUACCAAAAGAUUUGCCAAUUUUACCGGAUAAUUUAACGACUACAACGAAUCACGAUAGUUUAACAAAUAUAAAGAAUCUUUCAAACGAAAUUGAAAUCCUUACAAAGGAUAAUAAUUCAGAAAUGUUUGCAGAUUGUAUCUUUAAACCAACAACGACCACAAUAUUUGAAGAACCAUGUGAAGUACAACAGGGACAAUUUAUUAAUAUAAUAGGUAACGAACAAGGACAUCAUCAUGAUAGUGGUGAUGAUGAAGAAGAAGAGGAAGAAGACGACGUAAUGACAAAUACUUGCAAUUACAUGCACUAUUCUGGUAAUUUCAUGGAAGAUACAAUACCAAGAAAUUUUAAAGAUGAUGAUACGACCACUCAACAAUUAAAAAAUAAAAUUGAAUCAAAUCAAUUUUUCAGUAAUAUUACUUUUUAG